AUGGUUUGCCUCCAGUUCGUCAUCUCCCAUGACGCGUUGAAUCCGACUGGUAUAUCCGACCCACACACGGAGAAGUCUAGUAUAAGGGCGUAUGGGAUAGCGAACACUGCGUUUGCUGUGAUAGGGCUUUUGUCAGAUGUUUUGGUGGUUUGGCGCUGCUGUGUGGUGUACCGGGAGGCCUUUCUAUGCUACUUCGUACGCGUCGUGUGUUGGCUGUUAUAUGCCGCCGACUUGGCCAUUGGGGUGUCUUCUACCGUUACCUUCUCCACUCCUACGGAGUUCGGUCACCAUACGCCUAUCGUACUCGCACGGGUCGCACUCUGCAUCUCGGCAUCACUGAACAUUAUUUGCACUGCCUUGAUUGUCGGACGCCUGUACUCUGUUAAGAAGUAUUUCUCGAACAUGAUGGGUUCUUCCAUUCAAAGCCAGAUUCAGUACACCACCGUUAGUGCCAUGCUCAUCGAGUCAUGUGCGCUCUACGCCACCGUGUCCCUCACCUUUCUGGUCCUAUGGCUCCUCUCCAGCCCCUUUACAUUCCUUGUAGCGGUCAUAUACGGCGAGUGUCAGAUAAUCUCCGUGUUUCUUGUCAUAUUGCGCGUUUCCAAGGGAAUUGCAUGGUCAAGUGCAGUGGACUCGGACGCUAUUGCUGAUCUUGAUUUGACCAAGAAUUGA